UCCGCCGCCGUGAUUGAUAUACGCAAUUUGCGAAUUCGAGUUCUUCGGUCAGUUUUGAUAAAUUAUAAGUAGUGUUUUUCUUUCCUAGAACUUGACUUAUUCGUUGUUCGAAUAUCAAACGAAAGAAAUCAGAUUUGAUGUGAAAACGGUGGACGCAGACAGUGAACGCCUUAAACUGUGUAGUGAUGAACAUAUAAUUGGGAAGUGUCAUGAUUUACAAAUCGAAACAAAAAAUGGAUGGAAGUGCAAAACAUGUAUUCAGCAAUGCCCAUUAGAUGGAGCAAAUCUGUUUAUGGCGAAAAUGGAAGACAUCGAUACAUCUGUGUGCUUUCAAGACCGCUGUGCCAAACCGGACUUAUUCAUUUGUAGCCCACUGACUCACCAAAUACAAUACUACGGCGAUAGCGCCGCCUCACUUGCACCAUCAUCAGAUUCUGACUGGAAACUGGAAACGUUGGGCUGGCUGGCUGGUCGUCACCACUACGCAGGCAUUGAUAAUCCUCCCCCAUUCAUAUGCAACACGACCGAAAUCAACCAACUUCCAGUCAGCAGACUGACUAGCAACGAAAGAACUGCACUGCAAUCUUUCGACAAGAAGUCGCUUCUUGCUUGGCUGGCAUUGUAUCGGUAUGCAGAAGACGUGAAUGGUCGGUCGGCUUUCCCCCAGAGACGCAAGUGACAAUCGUGGUCGACUGUUGUUUACAAAAGUUUCGGUUUUGGUUUUCGUGAAUACCUUCCCACAACACGGACUCGGCAAGCGGAGGGUCCUUUCGUUGGUGGACUUCGAACAGUAUAGGCGUCGUCCCAGAUGAUCGAUUCGCGAACCGAACAGUGACACACGCAUACAAAAGCAAGCAUUUGUUCUGGCAAAAACUUUUGAAGACUGUGUCACCGAAUUCCAAUGGGAAUUGUGUUUUUCCUUUGGCGAAACUUCAAUCUGAGGCCAUGCGUUAAAUUUUUGAACAGCUUAGAUAGAAUAAUUCUUGAGUAUAAAUAGUUGUGCUAAAUAUUACUAGUAUAAAUCAAUCUGUUCGCCGAAAAGUGAUAACAAAGUGGGAAGGAGGAACACCGCAGGGGUAAAUGUAUCACCAGAAGACGUGCUCCAGCGAAGGAAAAAGUGUACGUGUUGUGAUCUAGUAGGUGGGUGGCUAAAUGAACCGAAACAUGAAACGUCAGUUGGAGAAGUUCAAGGAGGAGCUCAAGUCGAACCUGACGAGAUCCAGCAAAGCCGAGAAAAAUGCAGACGGGCUACAGGAAGUGGAACGGGAAGUCGACCGGUACAAGGACAUCCUGCAGAACCUUAACAAACGGAUCGCGACCACAGUUUCGGCCGGGCAACCGCAGGAUCCGGCAGCCAAGGAGAAACGGAUCCGGAAGGUGGCCGAAUUCCAGCUGGGUCAGCUGAUGGAGGAAUCGGUGAAGGAUUUGCCGGUUGGACUGUUGCGGGACGUGCUGGACAAGUGCGCCCGUCUGGAGAAAACCAUCGCCUCCGAGGUGGUCAACAACGAGGUCAACGUGGAGAACUCGGUCAGCAAGAACCUGAACGACAUCAUCGAGCGCCAUCUGGCCACCAUCCAGAAGCAGAAGCGUACCGUGAGCAAGUGCCAACAGGAGUACGAUGCGACCCGGCAGAAGUAUGAUUCCGCGCAACGCAACAGCGACCAGCUGGGGAACCAGGCGAAGCUGGUACAGCUUAAGGAUGACCAGGAAGAGCUGCACAGCAAACUGGAGAAGGAGCGGGAUCUAUACGAGUCCUACAUGUACGAAUUGCUCGCCGAGGAGGAGAACAUUGCGAACUACGUCAAGGAGUACGUGAAGCAUCAGGAACUGUACUAUACCUCGGCCCUGCGGGAAAUCCAAAGUACCAUCAACGGUAUGGAUGGGCUGUUUCGAAGGAAUAAUAAACAGACUUUCAACACACCGCUGCGAGAACAUCUGAAGGCGACUGAUCGAAAGAUUGCUUACGUGAUCGAACUGUGCGUGUGCUGUCUUCUAGAGAAAGGUCUCUACGAAGAAGGGCUACUACGGGUAGGAUGUGCAUCUUCGAAGCUGCGGCGCAUGAUAUCGGCGAUAAAUGCAAACUAUGUGGCACCUCCGCUGGCGGACAAGUAUGCCGAUCCCCAUGUAAUCGCCGGGGUACUGAAAAAGUAUCUCCGAAGCUUACCGGAACCGCUGCUGACAUUCGAGUUCUAUCCGGACUUUGUGUCGGCAGCGCAGAAACAAAACGAAACGCAACGGAAGGCGGCCAUCCUGAACAUCGUGAACCAGCUGCCCCGAGAGAACUACGACAAUCUACGAUACCUCACCAAGUUCCUGUCCUACCUGUCGGAGAAGAAUCAGGAAAACAAAAUGUCCCCCCAGAACAUUGCUAUAGUGAUGUCUCCGAACUUGCUCUGGUCUCCGAAUGAGAACGAGAAUUAUAUUGACCAGGUCAACAGCACCGCGACGGUCAACACAAUAGUGGAAGCGCUGAUCGCUGAUUGGGGCUUCUUUUUCGAAGGCGAAGUGAACUUUUAUCAAAGUAUGAGCAGAGAUUCGUUGUUUCCGGAUAAUGGUGGUUUUCCGGUAGAUAAGGAUAUGCCGGUUAGGGCAAUGCCUCCCGGUAGUGAUUACAUGUCCAAAUCAAUGAUAGUGACAGCCACCGCGGUUAGCCAGGAUGAUGUUCGAUACUACAACAGUGGUGGGGGAAGCGGCGGUGGAGGAGGAGGAGGGACGAGCUCCAACAACUCCCACAAGGCCUCGAUGUCACAUUCCCGCAGCAGCAGCCACGAUACUAGUCUAAUUCUAAUCAACAGCAAUGAUCAGCUCAACAAACAUCGGAGUCAGUCAAAUAGUUCUCUUUCUGAUCAUUCCAGUCCCCCGCACGAGAGCAGUCCGAAACCAACGGUAAGGCGAAAACACAACAAACAAGCAGCCCCAACGCCACCCGACAGUCACAGCAAGGGUGCUUCAACGAAUUCCUCUGGACACCAUGUGAGGGAAUCGCGCGGUGAAGGAAAGCUAUCGUCAAACACGACGGCUUUCUUCAAGCAGCUCAACAACAAUCAGAACCACAGCAUCGACCGAGGGGACGACAGUUUUCAGUCGCUACAGCACACGGCCCUCAUGCAGGCCCAACAGGAGUACAGCAACGAUCGGCAACCGAUGAUGAUGGUGCGGGCCGAAAGUCAUGACAACCUGCUGAAAAUGUCCAAAUCCGCUGGGGACAAAAUCCCUCCCCCGCGACCGGCCGCAGUGCAGAUUGGCGAUAGUCACACGUUAAACCGUAGUCACAAGCAGCAUCACCAAAACAACAAUAGCAAACUACCAAAUGCUUCCCAUUGUGAUACUAGUAGCAGUUUAGGAAAUAAAGAAAAUAAGGAAAACCACAAUCGGCCUUCCUGCCCACUCCCGGUAAAACCGGUAGCUUUACCAAGAACAACAGUGGUAGUGGCUAAAACGACUACCCCUUCAGCUGGUUACCCUACGGGAUGUAGCAGUGCUGAUGAAGAAAGUGGUCACAGCCCGGCCACUCCCACGGGAGGUGCAUCGGUUAACAUCCGGGAGAAACCGGUAAUCCCUGAAAGACCUGCGAUACUGUUGAGGCCUCAGAGCUUUAAGGGAUCCAUACCGGAAAUAUCCAAGGUCAGUGAAGGUACGAAUACUGUGAUCAGCUCGGCAACUUCGCUGAAAAAAGCUCAAAGCUUUCGAGGGGAAACAAGCAGUAACAAGGAAAGCAAAGGGCUAACGGUUCUCGAGCGAACCCAAAUGUAUAACAUUGAUAAACAGCAAGUUGCAAUAGUGGACGUACAAGGCGAUGAAAAAGCAAAGAAAGACAAAAAUUCAAACAGCACCAGCUCUUUGCCGGUGAUUACAGUACCGGAAGGUGUUCCACCGCUGGCCAUGAUGGAAUCCACCGGCUCGCUGGGCAGCGAUCUCCAGUCACCAACAACUGGGACAGCCGAAUCAGAUAACGCUACAACCAAUCACAACAAUGUCAGCAACAGCACUACUAGUCUCCAACAGGUGCCGCAGUCGCCCCGGGGCGCCGAUCAGAGUAAAAUCAAGCGACCGCAGGUCCCAGCACCGCCUCCGCCGGUGGGACGACCUAAAUCGUCCGACUCGACGGAUUUAUAACAGUGCGAGAUGUUAAUUUAAUCCUCUGCCUGCGGCCGGCCAUAGAUCCCACCUAUGGGACUUACCCGGGGCAGCGCAACAAACAGAAGACAAGCACGGUUGCUUAACAAUUGAAUAUAUUAUCGUUACUUUGUAGAAAGCAAUUUAUAUUUAUGUAAAGCAUUUCCAAAUAAACCUGCGUUUUAGCCUAUUACCCAUAUA